GGACGCAAGGUACUUUGCCUGUACUAGCUGCGGGUGUCCAUACAGGGGGCUUGAGCACGCAUGCGUCCUUUCUCCCCCUCUGGAAAACCUCCAACAGGAAGGACGCAAGGGAUGGGUACUCGGUUCAUGUUUCUGUUUCCCUGCCCUGACUUCGCUGGCCGCCGGUGCAGGGAGAACCAGCUAUGGCAUCUGGAGCGCUGAUCAAGGAGCUCUCCAAUGAAACAGCAUGCCCCCUCUGCAUGGGCUACUUCAAAAACCAAGUGAUGAUCGGGGCAUGUGGGCACAGUUUCUGUGAAGCGUGCUUGGCUGAAUUUUGGAGGGAAUCUGACAACGAUGCCUGUCCUCAGUGUACCGAAGUGAUCCGGCCAAAGAGUUUCAGGCCCAGGUGGCAACUGGGAAGUGUUGUAAAGCUUGAGGAAGGGAUCAAGAUAGAAGAGGAAGGGGCCAUGGGCGAGAAACGCCAGGGGUCCCCCUUAGGCAAGGAAGAUGAAGUUCUCAUUGGCUUGGUGCAUGAUGGGUCUCAGGAGCCCUGGGAACAGAAUGAGUUUCCCACAGACAAGGCUUCGCAAGAGUAUAAGAUGGCUGAUAAUGGCGGGGCAGGCUCCAGCCAUGGCCGGAAGGGACGGGGCGUUUCAUGGCGGCACAAGGAGACCUUAGACUUGUUGGAAAUCUGGGGGGAGCAGAAGAUCCAGGACCAGCUCCGCAGCAGCCACCGCAAUAUAGACUUCUUUGAAUACAUUGCCCAAGAGAUGGCUGCCCGCGGCCACCGCCGCACCGCAGUGGAGUGCCGGUCUAAGACCAAAGUCAUGCGGCUGGAAUAUAAGCGAGUGAUUGGCCACAAUUCCAGGGCCGGGAACAACAAGGUGACUUGCCCUUUUUACAAGCAGCUGCAUCGCAUCCUUCGCGGUGAUGCCAGUGUGACUCCGAAGCGGGUUUCGCGAAGCCUGAAUUUCAAGCGUGUGCCCGAGCAGGCAGCCGUAGUUGAUCUCCCAGUUCUCAAGGAGCCCUUCCCACAGAUGGAGCUUGACGUAGUUAAUCCCACAGAGGAAGAAAGCGCCAGAGAUGUGAUUGCUUCUGAGAGCAGUGUGGGAGAAGGAACAGCAGAAACUGGAGCGAAUGACAUCAUCCAGAUUGAGGAAGAAGGCAGCAGUGUUGGAAGUGGAAAAGACUUGGAUUCUCAGAGGCUCCAAAUGAACCUGGAGGUUCAAGAUCCCCUAGAGAGUUUGGAUCCAGCUAUGACCACUUCAAAGACGGUGGUGUCUCCUGCCACGCGGCUGUCCUUGAUAAGGGCCAGGAAGAAGAAGGGGGAACGGGCAGAGAGCAUGUUUGAACUCUUCAUGCAGGAAUCCAGAGAGGAGUUUGGGAAAGAGCAGGAGGAGAGGAGCCGCAACCGAGCCAUGUUUGAAACAUUUCUGAAGGUCUUUGAGCAGGAUGUGGCUGAAAGCAGGGAAGAGAGGAAACAAUGCCUGGAGGCCAUGCGGGCAAACUCGGACAUUUUACGGGACCUUGUCAGUGGUUUGAGCAAGUUAACUGAUACCCUGGUCAGCCAGCAACAGACUGGUACAGGGAACCAGCCUUCCAUGAGGCACCCACUGCAUUCAGCCACUCACAGCAAGGAGAACUUACCCCAGAGCCCUGCCCCAGUGGCCAGGACAGGAAUACAAGAAGCCUUGCCCUCUCACCCCACUAGCUCUACCAGUACCCCACAAAAAAGUGGCUCUCGUAGGCCUGCUCCUGUGAUUCACACACCACCUAAAGUUUACAAGGAGAUUUUCUGAAACAUCUUCUGGGCACCCUUUAAAGAGCAGAAAGCGCCAUCGAGUUUGAAAAAGCUUGAACAAUUUAAAACAAACCUUUUACUAAACCACAGAGAAGAUCCUUCUGAUCAUCUCCUCCCCACCAUCUCCACCUGUCCAGCAGACUCUCUGAACUCCCAAGGUGCCUUCAGCAUUGCUAAUCAACUGCUCCAGAACAAUUAUAGGGUGGGGGGAGGGAGGGGUGGGGAGUCCAUCUUUAGAUGGAGUUUUUAGAACCAAUAAGGUCAUCUACCCACAUUCCUAGAUCCUGAAAUGUGUGUACUGCUUUGCUCACUUCUCCAUUCUAGAGCUUGAAGAGCAGUUAAAUCUAAGGCUGAGUCCCUCCGUUUUGCUCUCCAAGUUCAAUGUGUUGUCCAGGACACACUAGUUGCACCCUAGUGCCAAAGCAAAUAACGGUGACCCUCCGUGGCUGCAAGUUUUUAAAAAACAUGGCUUGCAUUCUCGUUA